GCAAUACUGUUUCCCGGUGUCGUGCACUGUCAACAUGAAUGCGAGUCUAUACAACGAACUUCAUCUGCAGAGCGAACAUUCGUAGAGUUGCGGUGGUAAGUGGGACGUCGGUACGUAGUUGCAGUGGGAAGUGGGAGGUCGGUACGCAGAAGCCCAAUGCAGUUUGAAACUAAAAUUGCAGAAAUGUUUUCUUACGAACUUCUGUUCCAGAUUUGGUUUGUAGUUUCGGCAGGCACCCUGUUUGUGGCAGGUAUCAAUGAUUAUAUUCGUGGAAUUGUUAAGGAAACUUUGACCAUGGAGGAGGUAUAUUUCAUAGCCGGCAUUAUUGCAUUCAUCCUUCACUUGUUCCUUGAUGUAGAAAUGAGUUCUUCCGAACUUCUGGUGUGGAUUAUGUUGGUAGUUAUGGCAGGCACCCUGUUUGUGGCAUGUAAAAAAAUGUGGAAUUUCCAAAUGGGAGGAUUGAAGGGGGGGCAAGCAUUUUUCGUGUCAGCCAUGAUUUUCGCCGCGAGUUCCUCUUUCCUUGAUAAAAAAGUUCCUGUUCUCAAAUUUUUGGCGGUUUUUUUUACGACAGCUGUGUUAGCUGCUGUGGGCCUGGCUUGUGUCUUGGAGAUGUUUUUCUUGAUCCAUGUGCGUGGACGUUUAAUGCCGGAGCGAUUGUGUAUGGUGAUAGCAUCCUUCCCUGCAUUACAGUAUUUGAAUUACUUCAUGAAAAAAGUUCCUGUUCUCAAAUUUUUGGCGGUUUUUUUUGACGACAGCUGUGUUAGUUGCUGUGGGCCUGGCUUGUGGGGGAGGCAUCUUUUGUGGCAGGCAUAAUUGUAUCCUUCUAUUUCUUUUACCCUGAGGAAAAAAUGGACAAAUGGACUAACCAUUCGGUAUGUACGAUUCCAG